UCUUUCGCGCAAGUUGACACGUCGUUGGCGGGGUCGGUUGCUCGGCAAAAGUGUCGGCGGGGCGCGAAACCGACAACGACCGCCCGGACACGACCGACACCGUGUCGCGGCCGCUGUAGGGGAAGGAAGUCCAGGGGCAAAGUGGAGUGCCAAACUAAAUGUGAAGUGGUGGCAGGCAACGGUGCCCGUCCACCUACCCCCUCCCCCCCCCGUCUCCCGCCGACGGGGUAGCAUCGGUGAGCGGAGUGAGCGUGAAUCGCUAUAGGACGCCGUUUGGUGGGGAAAGCCACCCGGCGGUAGUGGGGAGUUGAGCGAAGCUCUGUCUGCCCACCGCCACCAUACGGUCAACAGUCGCGACUGUAAGCCCGCACCAUUCGUGUCGCAUUUAGUGUUGGCUUUAGUUUUUUUUGUUCUUUAACUCGUAAAUUGUGAAUCAAAGAUUUGAAUAAACGAGUCGCAGUGAAUCGUGAAAUUUUCCGUUGUGAUUAUUUUGUGAUAGAUCGGCGUUUCGAAAAAGAAAAAUUAUCUGGAUUACAUGAACGAAUGUGACGUCAUCACUGAUAAAACCCGGUCGUAGCCGUGAAUGGCUUCGACUGUGAUUAGAGGGAAAUCCAUUAUUACGUGGAUUACAGGGUGAUUUGUGAAGCUCUGAAAGAGAGUGCUGUGAACUGUGCUUUAUUUGUUUAUUAUUCGGAACAAUUGGAUUAUUUGCAAACAUGCUGACAAGUGCAAAUCAGUAUCUCCGUCCGGAAUACCUGCCGCCUCUGCAAACAACGUUGGAUGCCAAGCAGAGCCCUCUGGCAAUGUUGGCGAAGACAUGCAGUCAGAUUGGUGCAGAUCCACCGACGAAAUCUCUGUUAGCACCAUUGGAAAAAUCGACGAAACCGUCAAAAUCAGCGGAGUCACGGGAUAAAUCAUCGCCAACAGCAUCAGUUGAUCCCGGCAAAUCAAGUUUCAAGCCCUACGAGUCAUGUUUAGGACGUGAGAAAGCAUCGAGCCCUCAAGAGCAGCAGCGAGCGUCGUCUAGCCACUCGGCAUCCGGCAGAUCCCGAACACCCGGUAGCAAACGCUGCUCGAGCAAUCAGAGCGCUUCAUCAAGGGCAAUGACACCCCAGGGACGCAAGACAGCCACGCCCAACGGCAAUGAUCAGGGAACACGAGAGUCACCAGCAUCAAGGACGAGUGCGUCCGGUGGAACAACAAUAGCAACGGAUCCAGUGUCGUCACGAGGCACAAACAGCCCUCAAUCCAAAUCGACGUACAGCCCGGGUGUUCUGUCAAUGGAUCCAACGAUGAAGGACAUCCCUCUGGGGUCCUUCAAGCCAACCACUAGUAUCCCUACGUCCGUAGCAACAUCAGUCGGCUACCUAGGCUAUCCACCGCAACUUCCAAUUGAUGUGAUGGCAAGCUCCCUAGUCUCUCAGCAUCAUGCCGCCCUCAAGAGUGGUCUAGCUGGCAAUCCUUACCUGAGUUACGCCAGAAUGAAGACGUCAACUGGCGCUGAGACCUUAGUACCGGUUUGCCGAGAUCCGUAUUGCACAGGUUGCCAACUAAACUCACAUUUACUAGGUACAGGAGCCAAAAUACCCGUCUCAUCUGCAUCAACACCAACUACCUCUUGUCCAGCGGGUUGCGCCCAGUGUGAUCAUAAAACCAGUGUUGCCAAUCCUUACGGACCAAUGGGUGUACACACAACAGCAGCUGCUGCUUAUGCACACGCACAACUAGCUGCACUUGCAGCUGCAUCACAAUUACCUUUCGUCUGCAAUUGGAUUGCUGGUGAUACAGCGUAUUGCGGAAAAAGAUUCUCAUCAUCUGAGGAGCUACUGCAACAUCUCAGGAGUCAUACCAGUGUAUCAGCUAAUGAUCCGACAGCAGCUGCACAGGCAUUAUCCUUAUUGUCACCACCAGGAUUACCACCGACCCAUCCGCUGCUCUCGAGAACAUAUCCUACACCUCCUUUGAGCCCGCUGGCUACGGCCCGCUAUCAUCCUUAUGGAAAACCAUCACCACUUCUCCAACACUCACUGUCGACAUUGGGACUUGGUUUUCCACCUUCUCAUCCUCAUUCAGCUGCCGCCGCUGCAGCUGCCGCGGGGCUACCACCUUAUUUCUCACCUUAUUCACUCUAUGGCGGUCCACGUCUUGGUGCCGCGUCUGGGAUGCAUCCCUGAAGCGAAUCCUUGUGAACUUUGUUAAAUAUAGUUUAGGGAACUUGCAUGAGUUGGCGAGAUUCGUAUUUUCAAUGCCGGGUUGAAGGGGGUGAUAGAUCAUCUGAUUUUGCCUGUGAGACAUCUCGUAGCUCUUCAAACACCUGGAUUUUUUUCGUUUCGGUGCGCCAAUUAAAAAAAAAUCCCUGUCUGAAAUUGGAUAUUUUUUCACGCUCGAGAAAAAUUCCGUCAGUUUCUUGAACUGAUAAUGCAUUCGGAAAUUUUAAAAACAAAUUCCUACAGUCCAAUUAUAUGCGUAGAUCAUCAUUUUAGAUUGGCGACGUCAAUCUCCAAUCAUUAUAAAUAUCCUAGAGCAUAUUUUGCAUUAUUUUUUGUGAAAACAAUUGGCCUUUAUGCGAGUUCCCAGCGAUAAAUAAAUACCAACUGUUUAACUGUGAUUUCGAAUUUGUGUGGAUGAAUGUGGAUGUGCGUAUGGACUGGUAGUGACUGAGGGAUAUAUCAUUGGUACCUCGCCACAUUUUUUUUGUAUAUAGUUACCGUCGUGGACGAUAAUUGGAGCUAAAUAUCUUAUUCUAUCGUAGGAUGAGUACAAAGUAAUUCAAAAUAACUUGAGUUAAUUUGUUCGGAAUCCUACGCCCUACAGGUUGAUGGAAGAAAAAAAGUUGAUUGAAAUCGAUGAAUUUUAAAUUAAUCUAAUGUAAUCAGUCUAUGUACACUCACACACAUAACUCUUAAAUUAUAAUCAUAUCUCAAUUCAACUAAUUAUCAUUGUAAUUACUGUAAAUUUGUUUAUAGUCGCUCAUUGGCAAGUGCAGUAAUGGUGACGAAUGCUAAUGAAUAUAUGAAUAUAUUAUAUAUAUAAAUAUAUAUAUAUAUAUAUAUCAGCGUCUAUUUUUGCGUAACCAAAGUUUUUAGUAACGAGAUCGUUAAAUUAUAGUGCGACGAAUAAAAAAUGAUUCAAUAACUGGGUGCAUGACGACUCGGCACUAAGUGAAAUAAAAAAUUCUGGAAGUGGUAUAAAAAUGAUUAAUCAAUUGGUGAAUCUGAAUUAGAGAUGCGAGAUGACGUCACGAAUGAGAAGUCACAUUUACGCUUAUCAAUAACACGGCCAAAUAAUAUUGUGCUGUUUUUCGUCGCGGGUGUUUUACUCAGUAUGAAUUGUAAAUUUUUUGUCACGAUAAACCUAUCAAACAUAAGCAACUACUUUCACAGAUCUCUCCAUGUACUUAUUUACGAGAUAACCUAAUAUCAUCUCUAGUUUUCUUUCAUUCAAAUCACGUUUUUCUCCCCGAUACUUGGUAUCACGAUCGCGAAUCAUCAGCUCUCUCGCUCUUUAUUAUUUUUCCCCCAAAAAAAUGGUUACAAUAAAUUGAUAAUUCGUGUAUGGUUAAUAGGAUGAUUUAUGAAAUUAUCUCGCACCUCUAAUCUGAAUAUAGAUAUUCAAGACAAAAGAUGAUUGUGUAAAUAUAGAUUUAUUAUUUCCUAAUAGUAAAUGUUGGCCCGAGGACAUUGUAAAUGCCCCCGUGACUAAGGAAGAAAAUUACUUUGCUCACCGAUGCCCAGACGUUCCUCACACGAUUUACGAUGAUGUAUCUGUGUAAAUCUACGUCUAUCAAUUGUACCAGUAACUGAAUACAAAAUAAAAAGCAUUGAAGAUGCUCUAAUUAAGAUAAAAAGUUGAAGAAAAAUAUGAAAAAUGCGAUAAACAUAUGUACUUCUUCACAGCAUUCUGAAUAAUUGUUUUAAUAUUGUUACUAUGUUAAUUUUAAAUUGUUUGAAUCUCAAUCUGAAAUACAAAAUCAUUUCUUACAUCAUA